AAAAGUGUUAUAAUUGUUUUCUGGAUAGAUGUUUCUUUCUUUUUAGGUGGUUGUUUUGUUUGGGCUCUAUCCAGCAUCAAGUAAUUUGUAGUGCGCCCCACAUCGCCGCCGAACUACAUUUUCCAUGAGGCAUUGCCCGAGCUCUGUUUCCUGGGUGUCUAGCAACAGCUAACCAACCCCGCCAGGCAGGCAGACAUCAGCCGGCGGCUGCAGCAGCAUCGAUUCUCGGUGUGUCUUCCAGAAAUUUGUUGGCCGUCGGGUUCUUCACAUUUCGUUGAGACAGAGUCGCUCGCCCCGGGGCGGGGGGGAAGAGUGGGAAGACAACCGCGAGCCCUGCGCAAAGAUAUGAGCGGCAGCGGGCGGCCCAGGACCAGCUCGUUUGCUGAGCCGCCAGGAGUUCCAGGAGCCGCCGCGCCCGCCGGAUCAGCCGCUGCCGUGGGGAGCAGCACAGGAAAGUCCGGGGUCCCACAGGCCUCCGGCAGUAGCUUGUCGGGAUGCUCGAACCUCAAGCUCGCCAGAGACAGUGGCAAGGUGACGACGGUGGUGGCCACGCCGGGCCAGGGCCCGGACCGCCCGCAAGAAGUCUCCUACACUGACAUCAAGGUGAUCGGCAACGGCUCGUUCGGGGUGGUCUACCAGGCGCGCCUCGUCGACAGCCAGGAGAUGGUGGCCAUCAAGAAGGUCCUCCAGGAUAAGAGGUUCAAGAAUCGUGAGCUGCAGAUCAUGAGGAAGCUGGACCACUGUAACAUCGUCAGACUACGUUACUUCUUCUACUCCAGUGGAGAGAAGAAGGAUGAAGUGUACCUCAACUUGGUGCUGGACUUUGUGCCUGAGACGGUCUACAGGGUCGCCCGGCAUUUCAACAAGAACAAGAGCAUCAUUCCUAUCAUCUACGUCAAGGUGUACAUGUACCAGCUCUUUCGCAGUUUGGCUUACAUCCACUCGCAAGGCGUGUGUCACCGAGACAUCAAGCCGCAGAACCUGCUGGUGGACCCCGAAAGUGCCAUCCUCAAGCUCUGUGACUUCGGCAGCGCCAAGCAGCUGGUGCGCGGCGAGCCCAACGUGUCGUACAUCUGCUCUCGCUACUACCGGGCGCCCGAGCUCAUCUUUGGCGCCACCGACUACACGGCCAACAUCGACAUCUGGUCGGCGGGCUGCGUCCUGGCCGAGCUGCUGCUGGGCCAGCCAAUCUUCCCCGGCGACAGCGGUGUAGACCAGUUGGUAGAGAUCAUCAAGGUGCUCGGCACCCCGACCAGGGAGCAGAUCCGGGAAAUGAAUCCCAAUUACACAGAGUUCAAGUUCCCGCAGAUCAAAGCGCAUCCGUGGACCAAGGUGUUCAAACCGCGCACGCCGCCGGAGGCCAUCGCGCUCUGUUCUGGGUUGCUGGAGUACACACCGGCCUCGCGCCUCUCGCCGCUGGAGGCCUGCUCGCACACCUUCUUCGACGAGCUGCGGCAGCCCAACGCGCGGCUGCCCAGCGGACGGGAGCUGCCCGUGCUCUUCAACUUCAGCACGACAGAGUUGUCGAUCCAACCGCAGCUGAACUCCACACUCAUCCCUCCGCACGCCCGUGUGCACACCGCUGCUUCCUCUCACGAUGGUACCGGCCCAGACACCUCCCAACUGGGAUCGGUACCAGGAUCUCUCAACAGCAUCUGAAGCAGCCAGUCGCCUGCCUGCCUGCCCGGCCAGCCUCCUUCUCUCUCCCUAAUACACAGUCACAUACACACACACACACACACAUAAAUAUAUAUAUAUGUUCAUAUAUGUUCAUCUCCGCGCUGCUCACGCUCCUCGUAGAUAAUGUUUUUGUACAGUGGACGCUCCAUCAACACCCCAGCCGGAGACUAUCAAACACUUAGGACAGACAGACACACGUACGCACGCACAUGCGCUCUACACACAACACGCACACAGCGCUGUCUGACUGCUGCUCCAGUGGUAUGUGAAGGUUCGAUAGUGGGGGCUGGUCCUCUGUAAUAUAAUUUUUUUUUGGGGGGGGGAUUGACAUUUUUCAUCUCCAUCCCCUUUCUCCCCACCUAUGUUCGUCUUUUAUUUAUUUGAACACAUCACACCCACAUUUCCUCAUUUGCGUCAUAUUUUUCUGUUCGCUGAGUUUGAAAUCAUGUGUCAAGUGCGUACGAGGUCGACCGGACACUGCCUGAGCCUCAGAAUGUUCUCGUCGGGCCGUAGAUGUUCACUCAGGAGAUACGCCCAACUUCUACCAGGCUCUUUUUUUUUUUUUUCUCAAGAUAUUUUUUAUGUUCUGCUUCCGUCCAUUUGUACCUACUUUGCAGAAGUCUCCUUUUUAGCGAAUUUUAUUGAGCAUUGUUUUAAGACACUUUUAUUUAAACAGCCUUGAGACAUUCUUGCAUAUUCCCAUCAUGCGCUCAUUGAUGUAGAAAGAAUUUGGACCGGGAGUACAGAGUAUACAGUGAUUCCCUGCGCAGGUAGUUCAUCUGUAAAGGUGAAGCGUGUUUAUGUGGGCAGGGCAUUUGUUGGUCCACAUGUAGCAGCACACGGCUUCGUCUUUCAUGUUUUAAUUUUAAGGCACAUCCAUGUUGUAACUGGAGGCUUUUGAAAUGAAAUUCUCCUCCCACUGUCAUGGCAUCUGAUAAAUAUUGUUUAUUUGA